UAUAUGCGUCCAGAGCUCUCUCAGGCUCUGCGGGGACACACCGUCCACCGUCCUUUCUUCAGCUCUCUAUAUGCACUGAUACAGACAUCAGCUUCACAACCAGAACCAUGGAGGUACUAGACGCGCUCAACCUGGGCGAACUUGCCCAAUAUUUCUCCAAAAUUGCCAUGUUCCCUGUUUUUGAUCUCGCCUAUUACAUCGUGUCCAUACUCUACCUGAAGUAUGAACCGGGCUCGGUGGAGGUGUCCCGCAAAAGCCCCGUGGCCUCGUGGCUCUGCGCAAUGCUCUACUGCUUUGGGAGCUACAUCCUAGCAGACAUCAUACUCGGACACAGCCCCAUCGACUAUUUCCAUAAUAACAGCCACAUUCUCCUGGCCUCAGCUGUAUGGUAUCUCAUCUUCUACUGCCCCCUUAACUUAUUCUACAAAUGUGUCGCAUUCCUGCCCAUCAAACUUGUGCUGGUAGCCCUGAAGGAAGUUGUCCGCACUCGCAAAAUUGCUGCCGGGGUGCACCACGCUCACCAUGCCUAUCACCACGGCUGGUUCAUCAUGAUCAUUACUGGCUACGUCAAGGGGUCUGGAGUGGCUCUCAUGUCAAAUUUUGAGCAACUGCUGCGUGGAGUGUGGAGGCCGGAGACCAACGAAAUUCUCAACAUGUCAUUCCCUACCAAAGCCAGUCUGUAUGGAGCCAUUCUGUUUACACUUCAGGAGGCGCACUGGCUUCCUGUGUCCAAGAGCACUCUGAUCUGUCUCUUCACUCUCUUAAUGGCUACUUCUAAGGUGGUUAUGACUGCUCGCCACUCUCACGGAUCUCCCUUUGCUUUUGUGGAGUCAUGGGUGUCCCAUGUGCUGUUUGGCUCCCCUCUUGCUGUCGAAGACGCUCACGAUCACCACUACUCUGCUCCAGGAGCUGCCGUCGCCCCUUCCUCUCCAGCCAAAACCAAGGAGGAACUGAGCGAAGGCACUCGCAAGAGAAAGGCCAAGAAAGCCGAGUAGAACUUAAACUUCUUGUUAGAAUUUAAACGAAAAAGAAAAAGAAAUAAAACAACUGCUGGUGUUUGUUCAUGGGUAAUUUGGUAAUACAGGGGUUUCUAUUAUUCUAUUUCUCACUUGACGGGGUGUUCAGUCUGAUGUUCACCAAUGCGAGUUUCUUGUUUUUAAAUGGUGCUUUAAAUGACCGGUACUAUGUAGGACCUCUGUAAAUAGUUCACCAAUAUUUCUCAUCCUUCCUAAUACUAUGCAGUGUACUUAUCUAUUUAUUUCAUUUUCCUGGUAAAUUUAGUGUGCUUCUUUAUUUAUUUCAUGUAUUGUGUACAUUGCUUUUCAUUAGCCAAGAUCCCUCACUUGUCAGUGGUGAACUACCUAAUGGACAUUGUCACUGGAUCAUCAAGGCCAAUGAAAGAGUGAACCAGUCCCAGCCAGGUUACAUUCAAGAAAUCACUCUCAAGGCAACAUAUGGAUUCUGAAUGAACUGCCAAAGAAUGCACACAACAUGAACAAUCUUUACACCAUAUUGCAUCUGGCCAUACAGUUUUACAAAUAAAUAUAUUUUCCAAUCAA